AUGGCGAAGGGUAAAAGGAAAUCAAAUGAUCCUAAAGGCCGAAAAAUCACGCUUAAGAUGGCCAAGAAUGCAGUGAAGCUGACAAUGGAUGGCAAGCGCCGUUUAGACCUCAGCAACAUGGAGAUCACCACUUUCCCUAAGUGUAUCCUCCAACUAUGUGAUGUGGAUGAACUAGACCUGAGCCGCAACAUGUUAAAGAAGAUUCCGGACUUCAUCAGCAAGUUUGUCAACCUGCGCCUCCUUGACCUGCAUAGCAACCAUCUAGAGCAGCUCCCAGAGGCCAUUGGUCACCUGCAGAAGCUCCAGAACCUCAACAUGUGCAACAACAUGCUAACCACCUCCGGGAUCCCACAUACAUCCGGCCUCCUUAGAAACCUGAAGAAACUCAACUUUGGCAUGAACCGCAUUGAGACAGUUCCUCCUUUCAUUGCAGGACUGAAGGAGCUAUGUGAGCUUGGGCUCUUCAACAACCUUUUGACUCAGAUACCUCUGUGGCUCCAUAAUUUGCCCAAUCUUUCCAUGCUCAAUGUCAAGUGCAACCCACUACCUUUAGAAAAUCCACUGAAACUGGACCCUAUUCAAAGGGUAGAGUGCCUCUACUUGGUCAGGAAGGACUGCCUUUGUAGUGAAUGCCUCAAGAAGUGUAGAGAAGACAGAGACAGGCUGGACAAAAGGCUUAGUGGACACUCAGUACAGAGAAAAAACAUCAUUGCUGGGUCAAUUAUGAUUAAUUCUACAGAGCAGGAUGGUGAAGCAGUGAGCAGAUAA